AUAGAUUUCACUAUACAAAACAAAACCCAAGAUCUCUUGUACUAUGAAAAAAAAAGGACAAAACAAAAUACAAGAACCCAAGAUCAAAGAAUGAAAAGGGUAAUAAUAAAGAGUUAAAAGAAAUAAAAAACAUGUGAGAGAAAGAGAGAUUAGGAAAGGGGAAAUGAGAGAGAAGAAGAGUUAGCUGGUUAUCUCUCCUUUUCUGACUCUCCUUCUUUUACUCUUCAAUUGACAAGUCUUUUCCCUAGUUGAGUUUGGAUGCUUCUUUAAUACUCUCUUUUCUCUCAUUUAUCAGUCAAAAAAUUCACUAUUUCUUUCUUUCUUUUUCUUUUUCAUGUAAUUUCCCAUCUUUUAAAAGUCAUCACUUCACUAACUUAGCACUCUCUUUCUCUCUCUUCCAUUUUUUUAGAUCUUUCAUUUCCACUUUUAAUCUUUAUGGCCAGAAGUAUAAAAACUCUCUUUAUUUCUAUUUAUAAAUAAUCCGAUUUCAUGAAAUGGGUUUUACUUUGGUGGAUCUGGGUGUUAUCAUUUUUAUGUUUUUUGAUUGGUUAUCUUGUUUUUUCUUUUUUCUCAAUGAACACCCACUCAGUUCUGGAGUUCCAAUUUUAGUAAAUGUAAGGCUUUUAAUGGGUUUGAUCACUUGUUGAUUUCCAGUCCCAUUUGUAUGCCACUUAUCGAUCUUGUUAGUAUUGUUAAACAAGUGUUUUUACCUCAAAUCUUUCAGUUUUGAAUUGGGCUUAAGGUUUUAGCUAUUUUUGUAUCAAACAUUUAUCGAACAUUUAAAAUUUUUAAUUUAAUUUACUUCAUUAUCAUCACAUUCUUGCUUGGUGGCAUUUGAUUUAGUAGUAAGAUCAUAGGCUUUUUAGUCUGCGAGGGAACUUGGAAUUUGUGGAUGCCUUAUUAUUAUUUCACUGAAUUUUGUAAACAUCACCAGAUUCUAUACUCUUCAGGGAUACUGAGGAGAUGAGCAGGAUGACAAAUGGAGGUGAGGAUCAUAAAAGGUCAAAAUGUCGCCAAGAUUCCCAGACAAUUGAAGAAGCUAUUAACAGUCCGUUGAAGAAAGGCCCGUGGACCUCUGCAGAAGAUGCAAUUUUAGUGGAUUAUGUAACUAAGCAUGGAGAAGGAAAUUGGAAUGCUGUCCAGAAGCACUCAGGGCUAUCCCGAUGCGGGAAAAGCUGUCGACUGCGAUGGGCAAAUCACCUAAGACCAGAUUUAAAGAAAGGUGCAUUCACUGCACAAGAAGAACGGCGUAUUAUUGAACUCCAUGCUAAGAUGGGAAACAAAUGGGCACGAAUGGCUGCAGAGUUGCCUGGGCGCACAGAUAAUGAAAUUAAGAAUUACUGGAAUACGAGAAUAAAGAGAUUACAACGUGCUGGUUUACCAAUUUAUCCUCCUGAAGUGUGCCUGCAACUAUUUAAUGGAAGCCAUGAAAGUCAAAACUUGGGUACACCACAAACUACAGACACACAUAGCUCUGAUCUAAUUCAGACUGGCCAUUAUGAGAUUCCAGAAGUGCAAUUCCAGAAUUUCGAAUUCAGUCGGGGUCUUCUAUCUUAUCCGCCGAAUAUUCUGGAGAUUCCUAUGACCAGCAUGCCGAAACAAGGUGUACAUCCCUCUGAUAGUGAUGGCUUUGUGUUCCCAACUUUGACCCCUGCCAAACGCCUUCGAGAAUCAGAUUCCGAAUUCCCUGUGCUUGAUGGUGGCUCUGAUGGUCUCCCAGCAUAUAUUCAAGAACCCUUUGGUUUAUCUUCUAGUUAUGACUCUCAUACCAACUACUAUGGACAGCAAUUACUGGCUGUUCCUCCUGGCAGUCAUGCCCUAUUAAAUGACAAUUCUUCUUCUUCUGAGCCCUUAUGUGGGGCUAUGAAGUUGGAGCUCCCUUCACUCCAAUAUUCAGAAACUCAACAAGAUAGCUGGGAAAGACCCACUUCCCCACUGCCUUCACUUGAGUCUGUUGAUACCUUGAUUCAGUCUCCUCCAACCGAGCUGACCCAGUCACAUUGUUUCUCACCACGAGAUAAUGGUACACUUGAAGCACUUCUCUAUGGAUCACAAUCGCUGAAAAACUCAAAGAAAACUUUGGAUCACCAAUUUUCGGUUUCUUCUGUUGCACCUUCGGAUAUAGGGGAUUGUCCCUCGAAUACCGGUGAGACAGAAAAGGAGGCGCACGGUGACCCAAACUCUCCUUUAGGUUAUUCUGCUACAUCACUAUUUAGUGCUUGUACUCCUAAUAGCAGAAGCUCAUCAGAUGAACCAGGGAUUGAUCUUAAGCCUGAAAUAGCCAAUGAGGUUUUGAACCCCUUCCUUGAAGAGAAGGAAGCUUCCAAUCACAUCGACUAUACAAGGCCAGAUCUUCUACUUGGCUCAUGCUGGUUUGGGUUCAGCGGCGGGCAUGUUAAGGACGAAUACUUUCAGAAUGAAGAUGUACAGGUACCAUUUGAUGAUGAAGUCAACAUUAAAUGCUAGCAAAUGGAUGCUGAAAUAUUUUUUUUGUUUAUGGAGAUUGAAAAUGAGAUAAUUGCCUAUUUGUUAGUUUUCAUGAUCAUUGAUAUAUGAAAGCUUCAACCUUCAUAAUCUAUUGAUGUGAUUGCAUAGAAUUGCUCUUUCAAGAUCAUAUGUGAACAAUGGCGGCAGAAUUUGCAUUUUCGAAUCACCCAUGCUCGAGUAUUUUUCUUGAUUA